GCAUUGUUCUCUGUCGGGCUGGGCAGGCAGGAGGGUCCCGUGGAGGAUGGAGGAAAAACUCCCCAGCGGCAUCAAGCCCUACCUGGACAAGCUCACCCUGGGCGUCACAAGGAUAUUGGAGACUUCCCCAGGAGUUGCUGAAGUGAAUUUUGUGGAAAAGGAGCCAGCUGAAUGCCACACAAUCGUCUCUUGGGAGCAAAAAAACUCCUGUGUAUUACCUGAGGAUUUAAAGAACUUCUAUCUGAUGACUGAUGGCUUCCAAAUGACCUGGAGUGUGAAAACUGAUGAUACCCCAAUGCCCCUGGGCUCCAUGGUGAUUAACAGUGUCUCGAAGCUGUGCCGGCUUGGGGGUUCCUCUAUGUACACUCUGCCUAGUGCUCCAACUCUCGCUGACCUGGAAGAUGACACAGAUGAGGAAGGUGAUGGAGACAAACCAGAGAAGCCACACUUUGAUUCUCGUAGUCUUAUCUUUGAAUUAGACCCAUGCAAUGGGAAUGGGAAAGUCUGUCUUGUUUAUAAGCAUGCUGAACCAGUGGUCUCCCCAGACACAGAGAUCUGGUUCCUGGACAGAGCUCUAUAUUGGCAUUUCCUCACCAAAACCUUCACAGCCUACUACCGCCUGCUCAUCACCCACCUGGGUCUCCCACAGUGGCAGUAUGCCUUCACCAGCUAUGGGGUCAGCCCCCAGGCCAAGCAAUGGUUUAACAUGUAUAAACCCAUAACCAUCAACACUGCACUCCUGUCUGAAGAAGCUGACUCAUUUGUGAACAAGCUGGACCCCAAUAAGGUAUUUAAAAGCAAGAACAAAACUCCAGUGCUCAAAAAGAAACCACCUUCACAGCCACCAGGCUCCCAAAAGAGUCACACGAGCACGGCCUCCGCCAAGACACCCUCACUAGCUGGCAAUUCUUCAAGGAAGUGAGCCUGCCAGAUCUGACCCUGGACAACAUUUGCAAUAAGCUUUGAUGUUUUCUACUGCAGAGUCUCAGUCUUUCAGACCAAGUUCCUUGUGCAUGAAUAGAUGUGCUCAUGGAAAACACAUUGCAGCACUUGCAUGAAAUAUAGCUGUGAUGGGGAUGUAGUUCCUGGAGACUCUUAAAAAAAAACUUGAUACAUCAAUUUUAUUCCCUUCUGCUACUUUCAGCAUGUACUUUUCAGAGGGCAUGAAGAAACCUUUGAUGUCACUGCUCCUUAGGGAAGCUUUUGUACAACUGCAGCAGUGAAAUGAAAGCAAAUGUAAUUCAGUGUAACUUUAACACACCCAUGCGGAAGUAGAGGGUGUGAAGAUGUUUCUGCCAUGUCCUUUGACAGAAAACUGUCCUGACCUUGCAUGCUGUCAGAGCAGAGAGAAACCCACUGAGCACAAAAGUAUCUUUCACUCCAGAUAGAAUCAAACUCUGCAUUUCCCCGUGCUUCAUCCAACUUCUGCUAUGAGAUUCAUGGUACAGUGGGACUCAGGAUUUCCAUGUCUCUGCAUUAGUCUAACCACUUGCUCUGCAUCCCAGACCACUUUUUGGCCCUCGUGCUGUAUCUUUUCAGAUGGUAACAUGGUUUAGAAUAAUCCUGAAGCAGAAGCUGUGAGAUCCUUUGUUGCCUCCCUUCUGUGAGAACUGCUGAGCAGAGAGUCAAUGGUGUUGAGUCCCAUCAGCCAGGAGGACCCCUUGGUUUGUCACACAUUCAUUUGCAAAGCUGACCAUUGAAACAGACACUUUUCAGUUGGACAGGAUCUCACCAGGGGCUACUGAGAUCCUACAGCCUUAGAAGCCCCUGAUGCUGUUUUCUAUACUGAUUUCAGGUUAGAGCUGCACUUUUAUCCACUCAGUGCUGGUUUUCAGUUACUCCUUUUUGUUUCCAUUACUUUUCUAUGCUAUUCUGUCUUCCAAAUACACUGGAAUCAUGGUAGCACCCAACACAUUUUGUGCCUGAAUAUGGAAAUUUAAAUCACUGUCUUCAAGUAAGCAUUGACUAUUUAAACAGCCUCAUCUCUAAUUUUUGAAACCACCACAUAAUUACAAAAGACAAACCUACCUCACAGGGAUGUUGUGAGGCUUUCAUGAGUAUUCUGAGUACUUCAGAAA